AUGGCACCCGCUUCCUCUUCCUCGAGCGACAGCAGCUCCAGCAGAUCAACCUCACCCGAGCCUGCAAACACACAGAAGAAGGCUAUUAAGUCAGCGACCAAGACCAAGGACGAGGUCGAAGAUGACUCGUCAGACUCCUCAGACUCGUCCGAUUCGGACUCCAGCUCUGAUUCGGGUUCAGAGUCCGACAGCGAGUCUGGAAGCUCAAGUGAGAUGGACACAAGUGAGGACGCUACGGAGGAGCAGUCACCAGCGAAGAGGGUUCACAUUCCUGGUCCGAAUCAGCCGUACAAGCCACCCUUCGGCUUCAAGUCCGCAAAGAAGCAAACUCCACCAUCCUCAAGCACCUCCUCCGUACUUUCAAACCUGCGAGGCAAGCAAGUCUUCCACAUCACCGCGCCGUCAUUCCUCCCGUUGUCCAAGGUCAAAGAGAUCACUAUGUCCGAGGUUCUGAAGGGCGAGCCGAUCCUGACAUACGAUGGUAAAAACUACGGAAUUCCGGCCGAUUCCAUCACCGAUAACGAUCCCGAGGGCAAGUCUCUGCUUGUGUACGACGAGAGUACUCAAACGUAUAGCAACAAAGCCGACCACAUCCAGAGCUUCCACGUACAGGAGUUCGCCGGUCUGCCGCAGAAGGCCGUUCAGUCCACUGCCACCGCAAUUGAGAUCUUGCGAGAUGCUGUCAAGCCCCCGCGCCCGCAACCAAAGGGAAUGAAGAUGCGCUUCCGCCCCGUCGGCAGCCUCCCCAGCGAGCCAGAGACCCUUGGAUUCAGCUCGGAAUCCGAGUCUGAGGAGCCUCAAUCCAAGGUCCCCGCUGGUGAGAAGGAGAAGGAGCGCAAGAGGAAGCAUUCCCACACCGAGGGAGAUGCUUCUCAGGCCAGUGCCGAGCCCCGGAAGAAGUCCAAGAAGCACACACAAGAGAACGAUCACGACGCAGAGCGGAGUCAGAAGAAGUCGAAGAAGUCUCACAAAGACCGCGAGGAGAAGAAGCGGAAAAGGUCUGAAAAGGCAUGA